GCAAAUGCGCAGGUCGGAGUUUGGGGACUUUAAACGCAUGCUCACAGAGUCGCACGUUGACUACGUAUUUAAAAACCAACGAUAACUCUCAUUUCCAAACGCUGUAGCUACAUUUCUUCAUCACGAAUAAGGUAAACAGUGCUCACAAGGGAAACAAAUCUGAAAUAUUAAUCGCGUUAAUUUCCCAUGUUGCAAACCGUCUAAAGGAUAGCAGCUAGCUGGAGAGUUUGUCAACCUAAAGAAGUUAGCUAGCCAGGUAGCUCACAGGUCGUGUUUGUUAGCCAGCUAACUACGGUACGCGACAUUUCUUUUCGUAGGAUACCUGGAGGCAGUCAGUCAAUAAUAUCCGUCGGGUGAUUGGUUGAGGAUUAUUGGGUGCGUGACAUCACUUCGAGCCCUUACCAAAACAUGGCCGAAAAUGUCUCUCGCCUCUGAUCUGAAACCAGUAGUAACCACCAAUUUAAAUUACAAUUAACUUACAAUUAUAAGACGAAUUUUCAGACAUACGUUCCACUCAUCGUGUAUCCACUGACCACCGCAUUUAGGAGGAUGGCUAAUUACUGAACAAAAGUAGGAACGCAACAAUUUCAAAGAUUUUACUGAGUUACAGUUCAUAUAAGGAAAUUCGUCAAUUCAAAUAAAUAAAUUAGGCCCUAAUCUAUCGAUUUCACAUGACUGGGAAUACAGAUAUGCAUCUGUUGGUCACAGAUACCUUAAAAAGUAGGGGCGUGGAUCAGAAAACAAGUCAGUAUCUGGUGUGACAACCAUUUGCCUCAUGAAGCGCCACACAUCUCCUUUGCAUAGAGUUGAUCAUGCUGUUGAUUGUGACCUGUGAAAUUUUGUCCCACUCCUCUUCAAUGGCUGUGCUUAGUUUCUCGAUAUUGCCGGGAACUGGAACACGCUGUCAUACACGUCGAUCCAGAGCAUCCCAUACAUGCUCAAUGGGUGACAUGUCUGGUGAGGAUGCAGGCCAUGGAAGAACUGGGACAUUUUCAGCUUCCAGGAAUUGUGUAAAGAUCCUUGAGACGUGGGACCGUGCAUUAUCAUGCUGAAACAUGUGGUGAUGGCGGCGGAUGAAUGGCACGACAAUGGGCCUCAAGAUCUCGUCACGGUAUCUCUGUGCAUUCAAAUGACCAUCAAUAAAAUGCAAUUUUGUUCGUUGUCCGUAGCUUAUGCCUGCCCAUCAGAGUAUGUGAGCGGAGCGUGCCCAAUUUGACUGGAGCGUGGAGCGAAUUCCCAGAGGCUGGAGCGUGGAGCGAAUUCCCAGAGGCUGGAGCGUGGAGCGAAUUCCCAGAGGCUGGAGCGUGGAGCGAAUUCCCAGAGGCUGGAGCGUCCGCCUUCUCACCCGCUCCAGUUGCGUUCACUUCACGAGCUCAGGGCAUGCCCGGCCCAGCAUGCAUUUGUAGUCUACUUGUGUGCUGCUAUAGCCCCUUGCUUUAGCUACUGUCAUGGAGUUCGCUAAAUAUUUUUAUAAAGAAACUGAUAAAACACACAGGUGCUAAAUCAAGGUGACUUAAAACCAAGAGCAAGAGAGGGAGUGCGGUGAUGUAGUGUCCACAACUAAAUAAUAACUGUGGAAUCUGAAAAGACACGUAUCCCAAAAGCAUGAUGGUGUCCUCACUAUGUGCACAUGCUAAAAGAAAGGAACGAGGUGGGUAGAUAAUUAAGUGUGUCAUCAUAGCACAGUAUUUAUAAACUAAAAAUCAGAUCUCUUAAAUGUUUAGUUUAUUUUCGUUCUAUUAUCUAUACAAUAGGCCAUGAUUGAUUUUGGCCCAAUAGGCCUGGCAUAUUCCCAUGUUCAAGGAGGUUAUUUUGCCUAAAAAACCUUUAUGCCUACCUAAUAGGAAAAAAACGACUACAUCUCUGCCCAGCCUGGCGAGAGUGGCCAAAAGGGUGGUUAACAUCCCCAGUGGCUCUGGAGGGGUGGAGAGGAUAUUAUCCACUGCUGGCCGGCUCUCCAGGCACCAUGGAGAGGAUAUUAUCCACUGCUGGCCGGCUCUCCAGGCACCAUGGAGAGGAUAUUAUCCACUGCUGGCCGGCUCUCCAGGCACCAUGGAGAGGAUAUUAUCCACUGCUGGCCGGCUCUCCAGGCACCAUGGAGAGGAUAUUAUCCACUGCUGGCCGGCUCUCCAGGCACCAUGGAGAGGAUAUUAUCCACUGCUGGCCGGCUCUCCAGGCUGCAACGCAUGAAGCCACAUACUGGCCAAACUCGUUUCUAAAAAUGAAUUCAAAGGCACUAAUAAGUCAUAUUUCAUUUAAUUCUAAGUAAGUCACAUACAACAAAAUGUUGUUUCAAUACUGAACUCUUUAUGUCCCUACCAGUCUAGGUUCGCACUCACAAAUACUCCACAAUGUAUUUCUUUGUAGGCUAUAGCCUUGAAAUAAUAUAAAUAAUAAUAUAGCCUAAAUAAUUCAUUUUGGUUCCUUCUUAGGCUCCCUGUCUGGCUCCUGACCUAUUUAGAGUGUUUAUAUGCUGUUUAAUACGACAUGUAGACUAUUUGAAAUGAUGAGCGCUUCUUACAUUCACCUUUUCAUGUUUAUUCAAAUACUUUUUGGUUUCAAUACUUAAAAUCCAAUUGGUAGGUCCAUGUAGUCACAAACAGAUGGGGUGUUGGUUAAAUCGUGAUUUUUAAUGAGCGAAUUUGGAGCGGCAGUUUUUUUUUUCAUGCGAGCGCGGAGCGAUAGGAAAGCACAUGGAGCACGGGAGCGGGAUUUCCAACCGCUCAAUUCCCCUCACAUGCUCUGCUGCCCAUACCAUAACCCCACUGCCACCAUGGGGCACUCUGUUCACAACGUUGACAUCAGCAAACCGCUAGCCUACACGACGCCAUAUACGCUGUCUGCCAUGAAACCGGAAUUAAUCCAUGAAGAGCACACUUCUCCAGCGUGCCAGUGGCCAUCGAAGGUGAGCAUUUGCCCGCUGAAGUCAGUUACGACACCAAAUUGCAGUCGGGUCAAGACCCUGGUGAGGAUGUCGAGCACGUAGAUGAAUUUCCCCAAGACGGUUUCUGACAGUUUGUGCAGAAAUUAUUUGGUUGUGCAAACCCACAGUUUCAUCAGCUGUCCAGGUGGCUGGUCUCAGACGAUCCCCUAGGUGAAGAAGCAGGAUGUGGAGGUCCUGGGCUGGCGUGGUUACACAUGGUCUGCGGUUGUGAGGCCUGUUGGAGUACUGCCAAAUUCUCUAAAACGACAUUGAAGGCCGCUUAUGGUAGAGAAAAUAACAUUUCAAUUCUCUGGCAACAGCUCUGGUGGACAUUCCUGCAGUCAGCAUGCCAAUUGCACGCUCCCUCAACUUGAGACCUCUGUGGCGUUGUGUGACAAAAUUGCACAUUUUAGAGUGGCUUUUUAUUUUCCCAAGCACAAGUUGCACCUGUGUAAUGAUAAUGUUGUUUAAUCAGCUUCUUGAUAUGCCACACCUGUCAGGUGGAUGGAUUAUCUUGGCAAAGGAGAAAUGCUCACUAACACGGAUGUAUACAAAUUUGUGCACAAAAUUAGAGAGAAAUAAGCUUUUUGAGCGCAUGGAAAAUUUCGGGCAUCUUUUAUUUCAGCUCAUGAGACAUGGGACCAACACUUUACAUGUUACGUUUUAUAUUUUUAUUCAGUAUAGCUAGCUCACUGGCCAGGCAGUAACGUUAGCCACUAACUAAUCGUAGGGCUCAUGUCCUAUUCUGUGUUUACAUUUGAGUUAACUUGUAACAUAUCAAGUAACACAUACCAGCCCGUUUGUGUUAAGGUACAAAUAACAGUUAGUGGGCUUGUAAUUUGAAUGAUCGGCACAGUGAAACUAAAAUAGAUUGGUAGCUAGCUGGUGAAGCUUUCAUUUCUUGGGUUUCCCAAGUCGUUCGGUCAGUGUUACUGCUCAUGGUGGCAGCAGACGGCUCUGUAGAGCAUUUGUGUGACAUCACGCAUUCAAGAAAGCUCAACCAUUCACCUGACAGGUUCUAUUUCGAGACUCAUGAAUAUUCAUGACAUUUAUGUUGCCACUCAUGUUGUCACUUAAGGAGUUGACACAUGAUAGCAGCCCUAAUGAAUAGUUAUGAGUACUUUUACUUAUUUCCAAUACUAAUUUGGCAGAAAUAUAAAUUAAGCUAACCUUAAAGGAAGCUUGUUUUCCUAACCCUGUCAUCAUCAUCAUCACCGUGGUCCUCUGUAGCUCAGCUGGUAGAGCACGGCGCUUGUAACGCUAAGGUAGUGGGUUCGAUCCCCGGGACCACCCAUACACAAAAAAGAAAAUGUAUGCACGCAUGACUGUAAGUCGCUUUGGAUAAAAGCGUCUGCUAAAUGGCAUAUUAUUAUUAUUAUUAUUAUCAUAAUAAUCCUCACACAGUUAAAUGGAUACUUUCGGAUGUUGGCAAUGACGCUCUUCAUGUACUUCCUCAGAGUCAGAUUUAACUCAUGGAUACCAUUUUUAUGUCUCUGCAUUCAGCAAGAAGGAAGUUAAGAGGUAGUUUUGCGAGCCAAUGCUAACAAGCAUUAGCACAAUGACAGGAAGUCUAUGGUAUCUACUAAUAUGCUAGCAGUUACCAUAGACGUCCAGUCAUUGUGCUAAUGCUAGUUAGCGAUUGCGCUAAUACUGGUUAGCAACUUCCUUCAAACAGCACGCAGAGACAUAAAUAUGGUAUCCAUGAGUUCAUCUGACUCUGGGGAAGUAGAAGUAUUCCUUUAAGCAUCUUGCACUAUAAUGAGGGUAUUUCAUGUCUACAAAGGUGACCACCCGACAGGACAUGUUUAUGACUAUUUCUCUCUCCACUCUCUUUGUGUCUCCCCCUCUCUCUCUGGCUCUCUCUCUUUCUGUCUCUGUCUCUGUCUCUCUCUCUCUCUCUCUCACUCACUCACUCACUCACUCACUCACUCACUCACUCACUCUCUCUGUAAUCCUCUCUUUCUACCUGGCAGGAUGACUGAGCAGGACGUGGAGAAUGAGCUCUUGGACUAUGAUGAGGAUGAUGUGGACGCGGUGGGAGAUCUGUCAGGAGGGGAUAUUCUGGCCAUUAAGAAGGAGCGUGUGAAGGGCUCCUAUGUGUCCAUCCAUUCCUCUGGUUUUAGAGACUUCCUGUUGAAGCCAGAGCUGCUGAGGGCUAUAGUGGACUGUGGCUUUGAGCAUCCCUCUGAGGGUGAGUGGAACCAGACGGUUGUAGUCUAUACAUGCUUCUAACACACACCACACUGGGGUGUAUUCAUUAGUGCACAGCAUAGCAAGACGUUUUGCAACGAAAACGAGCAAGUUCAGGUUCCUUCCCGUUUCGGCCCGUUUGCUUCCGUUUGGUUCCUAGUGAAGGCAUCCAUUUUACAUUUUAGUCAUUUAGCAGACGCUCUUAUCCAGAGCGACUUACAGUUAGUGAGUGCAUACAUUUUCAUACUGGCCCCCCGUGGGAAACGAACCCACAACCCUGGCGUUGCAAGCGCCAUGCUCUACCAACUGAGCUACAGGGGACUCCCUUUUGAAGAGCUGCAGGGGUCAGCAGUUCACUGGCUGAUUAUAAUAAGCUUACACUGAAAUCUUCAAGCCAAAUUGCCAUGAAUCAGAUCAACUGUCAAACUAUAAUCUGCAAGCAAGGCCUCAUUGUAGCUCAGUUGGUAGAGCAUGGCUCUUGCAACGCCAGGGUUGUGGGUUCGAUUCCCACGGGGGGCCAGUAUGAAAAUGUUUUAUGCACUCACUAACUGUAAGUCGCUCUGGAUAAGAGCGCCUGCGAAAUGACUAAAAUGUAAAGUAAUUGCAUCAAUGAUUUGACUUCAAGGGAUACUUCGGGCGUGCUAGCAGAUACCCAUAGACUUCCAGUCAUUGUGCUAACGCUAGUAGGUGAUCCCAAAGUAUCCCUUUUUAAGGGGUUUUUGAUUUAGUCACUUAGUUGAUAAUUAGGUAAUAAUUACUGUACCUUAUAUUAUUAUUCAUUAGUAAUUUAUAUUUUAGUCAUUUCUAGUAACUAUUUUCCUUUCAGUUCAGCAUGAGUGCAUCCCCCAGGCGAUCCUGGGGAUGGAUGUGCUGUGCCAGGCCAAGUCUGGUAUGGGCAAGACGGCAGUGUUUGUUCUGGCCACACUACAGCAGCUGGAGCCUGUCACUGGACAGGUAAUGUAUCUCUGUCUCUCUCUCUCUCCCUCUCUGCCUCUCUCUCUAUCUGCCUCUCUCUCUCUCUCUCUCUCUCUCUGUCUCUCUGUCUCUCUGUCUCUCUCUCUCUCUCUCUCUCUCUCUCUCUCUCUCUCUCUCUCUCUGUCUCUCUCUCUCUCCCUCUCUGCCUCUCUCCCUCCGUCUCUGCCUGUCUCUCUCCCUUUCUGCCUCUCUCUCUCUCUCUCAAUUCAAUUUUUUUUCAAUUUAAGGGCUUUAUUGGCAUGGGAAACGUGUGUUAACAUUGCCAAAGCAAGUGAAGUAGAUAGUAAACAAAAGUGAAAUAAACAAUAAAUAUUAACAGUAAACAUUACACUCAGAAGUUUCAAAAGAAUAAAGACAUUUCAAAUGUCAUAUUAUGUAUAUAUACAGUGUUGUAACAAUGUGCAAAUAGUUAAAGUACAAAUGGGAAAAUAAAUAAACAUAAAUAUGGGUUGUAUUUACAAUGGUGUUUGUUCUUCACUGGUUGCCCUUUUCUUGUGGCAACAGGUCACAAAUCUUGCAGCUGUGAUGGCACACUGUGGUUUUUCACCCAGUAGAUAAGGGAGUUUAUCAAAAUUGGGUUUGUUUUCGAAUUCUUUGUGGAUCGCUGUAAUCUGAGGGAAAUAUGUGUCUAUAAUAUGGUCAUACAUUUGGCAGGAGGUUAGGAAGUGCAGCUCAGUUUCCACCUCAUUUUGUGGGCAGUGUGCACAUAGUUAUAUUCUCCUACAUUAAUUUCACAUUUCUACAAACUUCAAAGUGUUUCUUUUCAAAUGGUAUCAAGAAUAUCUCUCCCUCUCUGCCUCUCUCCCUCUCUGUCUCCCUCUCUGUCUCCCUCCCUCCAUUUCUCUGCCUGCCUCUCUCUCUCCUCUCCUCUCCUCUCUCUCUCCUCUCCCACUCAUCUCUCUCUCUCUCUCUCCUCUCUUGCUCUCCUCUCUCUCUCUCUCUCCUCUCUCCUUCGCCCUCCUCUCUCUCACCUCCCUCUCCUCUCGUCGUCCUCAUGUCUCUACUCUCCUUCAUCAUCUUCUUCUCCUCUCCCACUCCCUCUACCGAGUGAGCUCCUCAACGAUCAUGCUCCUACCUCCUGCCCUCUCUCUUCUUUUGUCUCUACUCCUGCCCUAGCUCUUCUAGUUCUUCUCCUCAUCUGCCCUCUCGCUUUGCUCUCCAUCCUGCUCUGUCUUUAAGCUCCUACCUCCUCUACAGCCUCUUAGCUACUCCACUGCUCUCUCUUUCCAUCGCAUCUCCCACCUCCCUCUCUUUUCAUCUCCCAUCUCCCUUCUCUUCGACCUCUUCUCCAUUUUUGUUGUCAUCCUCACUACUGUAUACAUCUUUCCUUUUUCUCCUCUCCUUUCUUUGAAUCACCUUUUUCAAUUCUACCCAUCCCUGCCCUCUAAGCUUUAUAUGCAUGAACCUACCCCAUCCGGCCACUCGAAGCUUUAUAAUGCAUUAACUACCCAUCCUGCCCUCUAAGCUUUAUAAUGCAUUAACUACCCAUCCUGCCCUCUAAGCUUUAUAAUGCAUUAACUACCCAUCCUGCCCUCUAAGCUUUAUAAUGCAUUAACUACCCAUCCUGCCCUCUAAGCUUUAUAAUGGAUUAACCUCUUAAGGAUCGGACCCAUUUUUUCAAUUUUCACCUAAAAUGACAUACUCAAAUCUAACUGCCUGUAGCUCAGGACCUGAAGCAAGGAUAUGGAUAUUCUUGAUACCAUUUGAAAAGAAACACUUUGAAGUUUGUAGAAAUGUGAAAUUAAUGUAGGAGAAUAUAACACAUAAGAUCUGGUAAAAGAUAAUACAAACAAAAAAACAUGCGUUUUCAUUUAUUUGUAAUUUUUGUAUCAUCUUUGAAAUGCAAGAGAAAGGCCACAAUAUAAUAUUGCAGUUUAGUCGCAAUUUAGAUUUUGGCCACUAGAUGGCAGCAGUGUGUGCAACAUUUCAGAUUGAUACAGUGAAGCAUUGCAAUACUGGACUAUUUUGUAUCAAGUCUGUCCAAAUGUGCCAAAUUGGUCAAUGAUACAUUUUCAAGUACAUAACUAUAGAGAACAUACAAAAAUGAUAUGGUAAUACAAAAUGUAAGUUUACACACUCCCAGGAAUGUCAUACAUAAUAGAUCAUUAGCUUAUACACUAACUUUCACACAUCUAGAUGGCCGGGCAGGGUGGGUGUGGAGCCAGAGACAGCAAGGGUUCAAACUGUUGAACCCAGUUCCUACAUUUGAAUAUAAAAAUUGAUUUUAUCAAACAAAACUAUGCUACAUUUGAUCUCUGGGACCCUUAGGAUGACAAAUCAAAGCAAGAUUACUGAAUGUAAGUACAUUAUUUACCUUCAGAGGUGAAUGUAUCAAACCAGUUUCCGUGAUACGUUUUUUGUUGUUGUGCACUCUCCUCAAACAAUAGCAUGGUAUUUUUUCACUGUAAUAGCUACUGUAAAUUAGACAGUGCAGUUAGAUUAACAAUAAUUUAAGCUUUCUGCCCAUAUAAGACAUGUCUAUGUCCUGGAAAGUUUGCUGUUACUUACAACAGUCAUGCUAAUCACAUUUGCGCACGUUAGCUCAACUGUCCCGUAUACGGAACACCGAUCCCGUAGAGGUUAACUACCCAUCCUGCCCACUAAGCUUUAUAAAGCAUUAACUACCCAUCCCGUAGAGGUUAACUACCCAUCCCGUAGAGGUUAACUACCCAUUCUGCCCACUAAGCUUUAUAAAGCAUUAACUACCCAUCCUGCCCACUUCUGUCUCUGUUUAGGUGUCAGUGCUGGUGAUGUGCCACACCCGAGAGCUGGCGUUUCAGAUCAGCAAGGAGUAUGAGAGAUUCUCCAAGUACAUGCCAACUAUCAAGGUACGCAAUGUUUAUCUACACCUUCAAAACCUUGAGUGUUGAUAAUAACUGCAGUGUUUCAGUAAAAAAGCAUGAGCCGACGCAAACCCCAGAACGUUGGUAGAGGUGCCGGCUAACGGAAUAUCAAACUGUUUAAAAUUAAAGACUUAUUGUUUUUAAAGUGCACUGUUUCACCACUGGUUUUCUCUCACCAGGUGGCAGUGUUCUUUGGUGGCCUGUCUAUAAAGAAGGACGGGGAGGUGUUGAAGAAGGAGUGUCCCCAUGUGGUGGUGGGGACGCCGGGGCGAAUCCUGGCCCUGAUCCGCAACAAGACCCUCAACCUGCGAAACAUCAAACACUUCAUCCUGGACGAGUGUGACAAGAUGCUGGAGCAACUUGGUGAGUCUGAUCUCCUCACAGUAUCUGAAUGACACUCAAACAGACCUGGGGUGUAUUUAAUAGGAACCAAAAUGGAGGCAAACCGUCCGAAAUGGGGAGGGGCCUAACUACCUGAACUUCUCCAAUAAGGAAGUCUAAUUUUUGUUGCAAAAACAUGUUUCUACGGUUUGCUACGCUUUGCACUAAUGAAUACACCCCUGAUUAAUCUGCUGCAUCCGUGAUGUACUCAGCUAUAGUGAGUGAUAACUGAAUCAUCCCAUCCGUGGAUACUCAGUAAUAGUGUAACUGAUCUUCCAUCCUUGAUGCUACUCUUCCGUUCCUCAGACAUGCGCCGAGCGUCCAAGGCGAUCAGA